AUGAACAAUAGCAAAUUUGACGCAUCGGCAACGACGCUCCCGGAAUCGAGCGUAUGCCGUGUCGGCGUAAGAGCACCGCCAUUUUGGCCUGACGAACCGGCGUUGUGGUUCGCACAAUUAGAGGGACAAUUUCAACUGGCAAAUAUCACGGCAGACAAUACGAAGUUCAAUCAUGUGAUCUCUAAUUUAGACUAUAAAUAUGUAAUGGAGGUGAAAGACGUGAUUACUAACCCGCCGCCGGAAAACAAAUAUGAAAAAAUUAAGACCGAGCUUAUAACAAGAUUAUCAGCAUCCCAAGAACAACGAGUUCGACAACUAUUGGCGCACGAAGAACUUGGAGACCGGAAACCGUCCCAGUUCUUACGGCAUCUAAGAAAUUUAGCGGGUAACGACGUUCCAGAUGAAUUCCUAAGGUCACUUUGGACAAACCGAUUGCCUAACCAUAUCCAGGCUAUUAUCGCAACGCAAGCAGGUACCAGUUUAGACGCCGUGGCACAAUUGGCUGACAAGGUCAACGAGGUCAUGUUCCCGCCGCAGGUACAACACGUGGCUUCAACAUCGACGAUCGCAGCGCCAUCUGAGUUUGACGAUUUGAGACGUCGCUUGGAUGACCUAUCCCGCCAAGUAGCUUCUCUGACUAUGCAUCGUGCGCGUUCAAGAUCACGAGGGCGUACUUCUAGUUACCGUAAACGUUCACGUAGCCGUUCUGCUGCCACCCAUGACCAGUGCUGGUAUCACUGGAAGUUUGGAAGCUCAGCUAACAAGUGUAGAUCGCCGUUGAUGGCGGCCAAUGACUGCCAUACUUCAGGCCGCUUGUUUGUUACGGACACUAAGACGAAAGUGUGUUAUUUAGUGGACACCGGGUCAGAUCUGUGUGUAUAUCCGCUGGGCAUGCUACGCAGUAAGCGCCUUUUAAAGACUAAUUAUGAACUUUUUGCAGCUAAUGGGUCUACCAUUGCUACCUACGGCUGGGUGGAUUUAGUGCUAGACUUUGGACUACGCCGUGCUUUUAAUUGGCGCUUUGUUAUAGCUAAUGUUACGAAACCAAUUAUAGGCAUAGACUUUUUAGCAUUUUAUAAUUUACUUGUUGAUGCUAGACACCAUAGGUUAAUAGAUAAUACAACCUCUUUCGUCGCUAAAGCAUCUCCUGUUGCAUUAUCUGCUUUAUCCCAAAUUAAGACAUUUACAGGCAUUUCACGCUUCUAUGAUCUGCUAGCACAGUACCCGGAGAUCACACGCCCAGCAGGCUGUCACGCUGCGCGUAAGGUGAAGCACAACACCGUGCACUACAUCCGCACCACGCCUGGACCACCGGUCACCUGCCGUCCACGCCGAUUAGCACCUGACCGUCUGCGCAUCGCAAAAGAAGAGUUUGAAGAGAUGGUAAGAUUAGGUAUUGCUAGACCCUCCGACAGCUCGUGGUCGUCACCUCUGCAUCUCAUCCCAAAGAAAGACAACACGUGGCGUCCAUGCGGUGACUAUCGGGCGUUAAAUGCACGCACGAUACCCGACCGCUAUCCAAUUCGACACAUCGGAGACUUCUCACACAAUCUCUUUGGCUGCACCAUCUUCAGCAAAAUAGAUCUGGUACGUGCUUAUAACCAAAUACCAGUAGCACCUGAGGAUGUACCUAAAACUGCCAUUGCAACUCCGUUUGGUCUGUUCGAGUUUCCUUACAUGGGCUUCGGAAUGUGCAACUCGGCGCAAACAUUCCAGCGUUUUAUGGAUGAAAUUCUAAGAGGUUGUGAUUUUGCAUUUCCUUACCUUGAUGACAUUUUAGUAGCAUCUAAAAACAUAGAAGAUCACGAGCGGCACUUACGAUCUGUCUUCGAGCGCCUCAAAGAAUAUGGUGUGCUAAUCAACAGCUCAAAAUCAAUCUUUGGAGUACCUGAAGUGGAGUUCUUGGGCUUUAUUGUAACCGCCGAAGGAACGAAGCCAACACCAGAUAAGGUCAGUGCUAUUUUGAAUUAUCCACUUCCGAAGAACAUAAAAGAACUCCGCAGAUAUCUUGGCAUGUUGAACUUCUACCGCCGCUUUGUACCUAAUGCAGCUAAAGUACAGGCACCUUUAAAUUGCCUCCUCUCAGGGACGUCUCUGAAGACCACUACACCAAUCAAUUGGACAACCGAACUAGAAAAAACAUUUGAGGAAAGUAAGGAAAGUAUAGUUAAAGCGACUCUGUUAGCACACCCUGACCCACGAGCACGCUUAGCCAUCGUCACUGAUGCCUCCGACAGUGCUAUAGGCGCAGUGCUGCAGCAGAAAUCUGGUUCAGAAUGGAUUCCUCUAGGAUUUUUCUCAAAGAAACUGAACAACGCUCAACGUAAAUACAGCCCCUACGAUAGAGAGUUGCUAGCAAUAUACGAGAGCAUAAAAUAUUUUAGGUAUAUGGUCGAACUUAAGCCAUUCACUGUGUUUACCGAUCAUAAACCCAUCAUCUCCGCCUUUAAGAAAAAUUCGGACAGCUACUCACCUAGGCAAUUUCGAUACCUAGAUUAUAUCGCCCAAUUUACAACUGACAUUCGCUACAUUUCAGGAGAGAACAACGUCGUUGCAGAUGCCUUAUCUCGAGUAGAUAACAUAAGCAGUACAGUCAACUUGGAGGAUGUACGUGCAGCACAGGAAGCAGACGACGAACUGCCGCAUCUUCGCCAUCAUACAUCUUUGAAGAUUAAGCAGUUAGACCUAUCUGGCACCGGAAUGAAACUCUACUAUGAUGUAUCUGGUAUGUCUCCACGGUUAUAUUUACCUAAAACGUUACGACGCCAAGCUUUUGAUACGAUUCAUGGCCUGAGUCACCCAAGUGCGAGAGUCAUGAUUAAGCUGAUGACAGCAAGAUACGUAUGGCCUAAUAUUCGAAAAGACUGUCGACAAUGGGCACGUACCUGUGUUGAUUGCCAGCUCUCAAAGGUAUCACGGCAUACACGAUCCCCAGUACACGCUUUUGCUUUACCAACUAGCAGAUUCGCUCACGUGCAUGUGGAUCUGAUCGGACCUCUGCCUAUCUCCAAAGGAUAUCGGUACUGCUUAACUGUUGUUGACCGGUUUACACGAUGGCCAGAAGUGAUGCCACUAGAAGACAUAAAAGCUGAAACCGUAGCCAACGCAUUCGUCAGAGGUUGGAUAUCACGAUUUGGCUGCCCUCUAAAGAUAACUACAGAUAGAGGCAAGCAAUUUGAGUGUUACCUUUUUAAAGAGCUUUCCAAAUUAACAGGCACACAUCACAUCACCACCACUGCUUAUCACCCGGCAGCAAACGGACUCGUGGAGCGGUUCCACCGGCAGCUGAAAGCAGCCAUCAUGUGUCAUGCUGAGCAAAGUUGGUAUGAAAUCCUUCCAUUAAUUCUUCUCGGAAUACGGAGUUCAUGGAAAGAAGAUAUCGCAUCCUCGUCGGCAGAGCUUGUAUAUGGCGAGGCUAUAAGAUUACCAGGCGAUUUUUUCGACUCUACUCCCACAGCAGUCGUAGAUUAUAAUGACUUCCUAUCACGAUUACGACACUAUAUUCAAAACUUAAAGCCGACAACGGUAACACGACAUGGUUCAACAAAAGUUUUCGUACACAAAGACCUACGUAAAUCAUCACACGUGUUUCUAAGACACGACACCAUAAAAAAAGCUUUACAGCCACCUUACGCUGGACCUUUUAGAGUGGUAGAACGUAGUGAUAAAACAUUUAAAAUUGAUCUUAAUGGUAAAAUCACAACUGUUUCCAUUGACAGACUUAAGCCUGCUUACCUGCUUACCGACACACCAGAGAGCUCGCAGAAGAGUAAGCUGUGUCCACCAGAAGAACCUCCCUCCUACACCACCAGAUCCGGCAGAAGAGUGAGGUUCACUAAUUUCUAUCGACCGUAA